AUGACGACCCUGCGCAAGGUCGCCCAGAACUGGGACAUGAAGGCUUUCGCGCAGAAUCCAUGCACGACAGAGGUCCAGAUCCACGCCGCACACGUGGACCUCAUCCUCUUGAGCAUGAUGGGCUUCCUCGCAGUGGGCCCAGGCCGCGCGACCCUCGCAGCGUACAGGCGGGACAGCGAGAGCUUCGUCAAGGCGUGCAACAGGAUGCUGGAUUGGGACCCGGACGUAUCCAUGGAGGAAUUGCGGCAGAUUGCGCCAGAAGCCGACGAGGACUCGGACCUGUUGGAGGGCAAGGCGGUGGACUUCGCGAGCUUGCAGUCGAUCGAAGCGCCCCACGCCGAUAAUGUACCGCUUGAGCCCAUCCCCGCAUCCCAAGUAGUCCCGGCGACGCCUCCAGAGGCAACGGGGGCGGCGGUGCCUGGUGAACAGGCGAAGGGAGUGGCGGGACUAACCCAAGCUGCGUCCGGGGUCGAUGAGACUGAGGGAUCGGGGUCGCGGCCGUUGAAGAAGUUGCGCAUGGAGCCGCCCCUGCAGGCGGAGGAGUUCAAGACAGAUGCCGGACUGAAGAAGAGGAUGUUGCUGUCGGUGCUGCAGUCGUCGCAAGAUCCGUACACCUUGAGCAAGAAUGCGAGCUCCUUCAGGGGCAACGCUGACACCGUCGAAGCGGCGCUCCGCGUGGUGUUCCGCUUCCUGGCGGCUGCUGGGCUGGCUGUGUGGAGCCAGGGUAAGAGCAACAGCGGCGUCUCCGUGCGGGGCCCGCCCCAAGUGCACGCCGAGGCAGUGUGCAAUGAGAUCGCGGAGAAGCUCGGGUUGCAAGCCCGUGCCAAGAGCAAGCUGCAGGAGAGCUUGGUCGCGAAAGCCACGGAGGGCGACUUCAACGUGGACGAGUUCAAGCGCGUGAGCGCGCUGCUGGGCGACAGCCUGAAAGAAGCGUGA